AUGGAUGCAACAAAGGAUGAUGAUCAAGUUGUGCUUCCGGGAUUUCGGUUUCAUCCCACAGAUGAAGAACUUGUUUCAUUUUAUCUUCAGAGAAAGAUCGAGAAGAAGCUGAUCAGUAUUGAAUUCAUCAAGCAGAUCGACAUCUACAAAUACGAACCCUGGGAUCUUGCGAAAAAUAUUAAUACUCUUACAGACAAGGAAUGGUACUUCUUUUGCAAAAGAGAAAGAAAAUACAGGAAUAGCAUAAGACCCAACAGAGUCACGAGGUCCGGAUUUUGGAAAGCCACAGGCAUAGACAAGCCAAUAUAUUCUAACAAUGGAGAAGGCCAUGACUGUAUUGGGCUGAAGAAAUCCUUAGUAUACUACCGUGGAAGUGCAGGAAAAGGCACCAAAACUGAUUGGAUGAUGCAUGAGUUUCGCCUCCCCGCAAACCAGAAAAAUACCGACCUCCCCAAUGCCAAGGCUGCUGACCAAGAAGCUGAAAUAUGGACACUAUGCCGAAUUUUCAAGCGAGAUGUGUCUUACAGAAAGUACACACCAGAUUGGAGAGAAUCAUCUGCUAGACACAAUCCAGUGAGUGCAAGACCUAAAACAUGCGAUGCUGAUUCGGAAAACUUGGAAUAUUACAAUAUUAGUUUUGGAGCUUCAGCUGCUCUUGAUGAUGAGAAGAAGCCUGUUGUUGGUCACAGUAUGGAUGGCAGGAUCCAGUUGCAUGUAGGUUCAGAGCCGGAGUCAUGCUCAACUGUUUUGAGUGAGGAAGCUAGGGAGUUCUUUACAAAUGGGAAUUGGGAUGAGAUUGUAUCAGCCAUGGAUUUUGCUUUUGAUCCAUAUCAUCUGUGAAUAA